AUGGCAAGGGUAAAGCCUACAAUGGUGCUCGACUUGGACAACACGCUCGUCUACGCGCACACGGACAUGGUGGCCGGAUCAGACUUCACAAUGGAGCGCGCGGGCGAGGAAUCUCCACUGUUUAUAAUGAAGAGGCCCGGAGUGGAUGCGUUUCUAAAGAGGAUUUCCAAGGUUUUCCGGCUGGUGGUGUUUAGCGCUGGGGUCGAGGAGUAUGUGAACUUCGUAGUUGAUCACUUGGAUCCAGCAAAGACUAUGAUCUGGAAAAAGCUUCAUAGUGGGCACUGCAAGAUCGAUGAGGGAACCAAAUUCAAGGAUCUGGGUUUUGCCGAUCGAGAGUUUCGUGGUGUGGAUUUGAAGAGGCUGGUUGCGUUGGACGAUCUUGUGGAUUUCUACCCAAAGGAGUACAGGGAGAACGUUGUGAGGGCUGAGAAGUUCGAGGGAUCGCCCGGGGAUUGCUUUCUCCAGGGACUGGCGCCGUUUCUUCUGGCGCUGGCCAAGCUCCCAGAUUUCAGGAGGGCGAUCGUUUGCUACAACAAUGGCGAGUGCAAGGAGAUGAAUGGUAGGGUUUACAUCAAGGACGCCUUCGAUGAUAGCUGGGUGGAUGCCUUUCUGUGA